AUGCAAAAAACCCGACAACGUCCGGGAUACGCAUACAACAUGUUCCAGGCGGCAGCAUGCAUCAUUCUUGUCACAUAUUCCAUUCUUUGCGUGGCAAAGGAAUCAACACAGUGGUGGGGAAUGUAUACGGUGAUGGGUGGGGUCUAUCUCUAUUGCACUGCACUCGCUUUUAUUCAACUUCUCUAUGGCUCCUUCAAUCGCCUGGCAAGACUUUACCGAAACCCUCAAGCUCACCUUACCCUGGUCAUCCUCUCCCAGUAUUCUGUCUACGCAUAUCGCGACCUUUACCCGCUGGCAACUUUCUCAAAGAUCCCACUCGACUAUGCCUCAGAGGGGAGACUGCUCUACCUCCACGUCACCAUUUUGCUUGUUGUUGGUAUCACGAUUCCUCUGUGUCGACCUUGCUACCGCCUUCGGCCUCCUCUUCAACUCGAAGUCAUCCUAGCUGCAUAUUGUGCACCACACUGCGUCCUCUCAGAAGACGAACUUCCAGCACUUGACCAUGGUGACCAAGCGAAGGUUUUGAAGAAGAGGGUCAAAGCAGAGAAGAGAAAAGGCGAACACAUUUUCUUUGUUCUCGUGCGGAGUUGGUGGACGGAUCUGUUGCAACUUGCCUUACUCUUGAUCGUGCAUGCUGGGCUGAGCUACGUCACACCUCUGGGGAUCGAGAGGGUGCUCAGCUACAUCGAAAAAGGUCCACAGGAAGACACGUUCCGGCUGUGGUUCUGGAUUGCGGUGUUAUUGGUUGGGCCUGUUGUGGCUUCACUCAUUCUGCAAUGGUACAUCUAUGUUGCAACUAGGAUGGUCACUCAAAUAGAAGCUGCCCUCACCCAACUUGUCUACAAACACGCCCUCAAGAUGCGAGCAGGUGCCACUGCAAAUUCCGGAGCUGAUGAGGAAACCACAAAGCAGAGCCUCAACAUCAACAGCAUACUCACGACCGAUCUGUUCAAUAUCCGCGAAGCGAGAGAUUUCCUGAACUUGGGUGUGUACAUACCCCUGCACAUUGGGCUGGUGAUUGUGUUUCUGUAUGGUGUUCUUGGUUUCAGUGCCUUCGUCGGUCUUGCGGUAAUCCUCGCCAUCCUACCUAUGCCUGGCUACUUUGCAUCCAAGAUCAGAGAUGUUGAAAUCGUGCGGAUGGGCAAGACGGAUAGCAGAGUUGGAGGAGUGUCAGAAGAGCUCGUGGCUGAUGAUACUCUCCAGUUUCUUGAUACCCAUCGUAACAAUGGUGGCUACCUACACAACCUACAUUCGUACCUCCUUCUCUUGCAGACGCUAAUAAUGCACCAACCGCUCUCUGCUUCAAAAGUUUUUAGCUCGAUGGCCGUCUUCGACAUGCUUAGAGGCCAGUUUCACCUAACGUUCCAUACUCUUGCGCAAGUUGUCACUGGAAAGGUCUCUCUUGACAGAUUGAGUGCCUUCUUGAAUGAGACAGAACUUUUGGAUCGAUUCUCAAGAGCCAACAACCGUGUAUCCAAUACCCCUAGCGAAGGCCCUGUUACCCAAGAUAGUGGCCCUGUCAAGCUUGUCCGAGGUUGGUUCGUGUGGUCAGAGUCGGACGCUGCGUCUUCGGCAGCAGCAAUCUCAGAAUCUUCACCUUCAUCCUCCACAACCACCAUAUCGGAGCUUCCAUUGGUGACAGAUAGAGCGUUCGUCCUCAACAUUGAUAAGGAUAUCCAGUUUGAGUGUGGAUCAUUCACUCUCGUUGUCGGUCCUACAGGUUCUGGCAAGACUGUGUUGUUAAUGGCCGUUCUCGACGAAAUGCACCGACUGGACUCGGAUGCUGGCGACCAGACCGAGGUGGGCGAGAAGGGGUUGAUGUUAAGCGGAGGGCAGAAGGCGAGGGUUACACUUGCGAGGGUGGUUUACUUGGACAAGGAGGUUCUUUUGUUGGACGACGUAUUGGCGGCGCUCGACAUGCAUACGAGCCAUUCUCGAAGAGUUGGAGGUGCUGAUGCCAGCUUCUUGGCACAGACUCAUAAUGUGCCUAUGGCGCGUACGGUGGCCACACAUAUCAUGAAGAUCGGUCAGGGCAGCAAAUUCCUCAAACAUGGACCCAUCGACGAGGUUCUGCCUCCUUCAGAAGGUGUUUCGAAUGGCGAACCGCUUCUUGUUGCCGCUGAUGAAACCGUCGAGGAAGAUGUAGGGAAUGUGCCGUCCUCGUCGGUUGUUGCUGUUAGCAAACAAACGACCAAAAGUGGGAAGCUGGUAGUUGAGGAAGAAGUUGAGGUCAGGCAUGUCAACUGGAAUGCUAUGCAGACGUGGUACCUGGGCUAUUGGGCUGGCCAGUAUGAUACUCGACCCCCAGAGGACAUAAAUGUCAUAAGAUAUCUGUCGAUGUAUGGGGGAAUACUGACACUUUUGAUGCUCAUUUAUUCGACUGCCUACGUUGUCUAUAUUUAUGGAAGCUUGCAAGCAUCCAGAACAAUCCAUUGCAAGCUCAUUCGGUCAAUCCUUGGGACAACUUUGAGGUGGUUGGAUACCACACGGAUGUCUCGCGUCAUUGCACGAUGCACCCAAGAUAUUGGUGCUGUUGAUGGGGUUAUCUCUGGGAUGGUGCAAUGGUUGACUGAGCUGACCGUGUCCAUGAUUGUGAAGCUUGCCACCAUCGUCAUCAUCAUGCCUAUCUUCCUUGGCCCUGGGUUAUUUGUCGCGCUGUUCGGAGGCUGGUUAUGUCAAGUGUACAUGUCAUCUCAGCUGUCUGUGAAACGCGAGAUGUCGAACACGAAGGCGCCUAUCCUUGCCCAUUUCGGAGCGAUGAUGAACGGACUCGGCAAUGUCCAUAUGUGUGUAUCACUUGACAUCCUCGGCUCCAUUUUCACAUCUGCUCUCGCUGCAUACAUGGUCUAUUUCCAGUCCCAGUCAGCUUUGAACACUGGCUUUUCCCUCAACAUGUUGAUUGCAUUCAGUGGAAUGAUUCUCUACUGGGUUAUGUUUUUGAACGAUCUGGAAGUUCAAGGCAAUAGCCUAGAACGUAUUCAGAAGUACCUCGAAAUCGAGCAAGAACCCAAAAAUAUGCCACUAGGGAACCCUCCCGCUUACUGGCCGGCUAGCGGAGAGCUGGUUGUUGAGCAUCUUUCUUCGAAGUAUUCCGAGGACGGACCUGAAGUGCUUCACGAUCUUUCUUUCCGCGUGAAUUCUGGCGAGCAUAUUGGAAUUGUCGGACGUACGGGGUCAGGAAAAAGCUCUCUAACUCUCUCUUUAUUAUGGGCGAUAUUCACAUCUGGAACGGUUUAUUACGAUGGAUUAGAGACGAAGUCGAUGAACCUGGAUGCGCUAAGAUCAAGUAUCACAAUCAUCCCUCAAGUCCCCGAGAUGCUCUGUGGAUCUGUGCGACAAAAUCUCGAUCCAUUCAACCAGUAUGACGACGCACAACUCAACAACGCACUCCAUGCAUCGGGUCUCAGCUCAACCUCCAAAGAAGUGGGCCAUUCUUUCACUCUUGAUAGCAUUAUCUCCAGCGGCAGAGAUAAUCUCUCGAUCAGGCAACAUCAGAUCCUUGCUCUUGCCAGGGCGAUUGUCCGUGGCUGUAAACUAUUGAUUCUCGAUGAAGCCACCUCUGCGAUUGAUCAUGAGACCAAUGUGUUGAUCCAGUCUAUGCUUCGUCAUAAGCUGGGUCCUGAUGUGACCCUCCUUACGGUUGCUCAUCGACUGCAUACAAUCAUGGAUGCCGACAAAAUUAUGGUCCUAGACAAAGGUCACAUUAUCGAAUUCGACUCACCAGAGGCAUUGCUUGAAAAAGAAAACGGCUUAUUCAAGAGUUUAGUGGACAAUUCUGGCGAUAAGGACAACCUACGCAACCUGGCUCACUGCAGUUACGGUGUCCAGAUUGCGUAA